AACUGAUUUUUUUUCAUUGAUUUAAGCGGUUUUGUGAAAUGCAAAUGGAAACAAAAUAUACAGCGUAUUGUAAUUGUUACGUAUCAAAUGAAUAUUAUCGUCUGCUUUGUUUAUUUCUAAAAUGAUGGAGCUUGUGGAAAUUCAAACGGCAAAAGAAACGAGUUUUAAUAAGAAAAGGGGCACCAAUUGGACCCCAGAAGAGGAGAUACUUCUAAUUGAAGAAGUAUUAAAGUAUGAGGAAACUCUUUUCGGCAAAAUGAAGGGUUCGGGGAGUAAAGGGAAGCAUGGUCAAGUGAAAGAGUCGACCUGGAGAUCAAUCGCCGAAACUCUGAAUUUAAAUUACAAGAACGACAGGGACACUGAAACAAUUAAAAAGAAGUUCAACAACAUCAAACAGCGAGGUAAAGAAAAAAUCAGUAUGCUUAGAAGGCCUAAGACAGGAGGAGGUCCAGCCCCUCCUUCUUUAACAGCAUCGGAGGACGCACUGAUGCAAGCAUUUGACGGACGGCCACAGAUAUGCGGUCUGGCGGACGGUAUCGACACUGACGCCAAUGACGAAACAACAGAAACAUCAAAGGAUGUGGAAUCUAUCACAUUGUCUUCCGGAACAACAUCGUCCACUUCGUCAACGUCUAAACCAUCGGCCUCCACGUCGUCCUCUUUAUCGGAGCGACCAACUGCUUCAAAAAAGUCAAAAAGAAAACAAAUGAAGGAUGUGUUGGAAGAAGAAGAGUUAGAAAAUUUAAGAUUGGAUAACAAGAGAAUAAAGGUCGAAAUUGAAAAAUUGAUAAAUGAAAAACAAAAACUAGAAGCAGAGAAAGAGCUUGUUGAAAUAAAGAAAGCAUUUAUGGUUCGUCAGUUUGAGGAGCGAUAUCCUCAUUCCAUUGUAUAUACCAAUACAAGUAAUACAUGCGUAAGUAAUGAACUAUAAAUGUAUAUGACAUACCAACAGAAAAAAAACCAAGAUCACGUGUACCCUUGGCUAGCAAAGGUGUUAUUAAGAUAUAGUAUGUAAUAACAACAACUGAUUACGGCAAAGGAAACAAUUUUUCCAAUAACUAGAUUAGUUGUGGAUUUCCAUAUUGACUUUUUAUCCGAGAUACUUUAUUUUAUCGAAUUACAGUACCAUACUUUUGCUGUUUUAAUUAAGACAAAUUAAAGCACAGAUACUAGUAUUUGAAUUUGCAUUAUAUGUCUUUAAUUACUUUAUUCAGUACACUUGC